ACUUCUCUCCUUCUCUACCCAAGUACAACCUCAACAACCAACACCAUGUGUGGCAGCUACUAUGGAGGCUAUGGCUAUGGAGGCUGCGGCUAUGGAGGCUGUGGCUAUGGAGGCUGCGGCUAUGGAGGCUGUGGCUAUGGAGGCCUGGGCUGUGGCUAUGGCUCCAGCUACGGCUGUGGCUUCCGCAGACUGGGCUGUGGCUCUGGCUGUGGCUCUGGCUGUGGCUAUGGGUAUGGCUCCCGCUCUCUCUGUGGCUGUGGCUAUGGAUGUGGCGCUGGCUAUGGCUCUGGCUUUGGCUGGUACUAACUGAGGUCACACUGGGAGACUCUCACCCUCCACACCUGAACUUGAGAUAUUUGCCUGUUCUGAGCCCCACGCAUUCUGAGUCUCAUGGUUAAGUGCUGAUUACCCUACAUCACAGGUUUUAGACAUGACUUUUUCUGCAGACUUGAACUCUGGUGUUCUCUUCGUCUGAACUACAAGUCCUUCCUUUCCUGGAUAUAAUUUGUGAAAAGUAGAAGAAUGUGAAAAGUAUCCUGUGAGUUCUUACUGGAUGUCUCAUCUGAAUAAUACUGUCAUAGAUCCUGGCUUUCGAUUUUCAUACAGAUUGUUUUUCUUCAUUUUUCUAAUAAACUUCUUCAG